AUGUCUGAUUCAAAUACGGAUGGAGAGGCUUUGAGCCAGCUGCAAGUUGAACAAGGCUGGCUUCUCGACAAGAUUGAUGAGUUACGCAAUAUUGGUAUUAGCGGUCUUGUUGACCUGCCACAGCUGAUCGUUUGUGGUAACCAAUCUAGCGGAAAGAGCUCUGUUCUUGAAGCCAUAUCCCGCGUACGCUUCCCAGUCAAAAGCAACAUCUGUACCCGAUUCGCCACCGAGGUCAGCCUACGACGUCAUCCAGUAACCCGUUUCAAAGUUUCCAUCGAGCCUGGACCUUCGCGGAAGAGUGAGGUUGACCGACAAAAAGUUCGAGAGUUCGCUCCGGAAGCUUUUACACACAGUGAUCAAUUGCCAUUGUUGAUUGAGCAAGCCAAAGACUGCAUGGGUAUUCAGAAUGAGAAAGGGGUUAGCGACGACGUUCUCAAGAUUGAGAUAUCUGGUCCCGAUAAACCAGAGCUAACGCUUGUGGAUCUCCCGGGCCUUUACUACUCCAAAAGCGCCGAACAAGGAGCAGAAGGGAUUGUUAUUUCACGUGAGCUCACAGAGCAAUAUAUGAAAAGCCCUCGCAGUAUCAUCUUGGCCACUGUGUCAGCCAAGGCCGAUUAUCACCUUCAAGAGGUUCUCGACAUUGCGGCCAAAUUUGACCCUUCUCGUGACAGAACUAUCGGCAUCAUCACACAUCCUGAUAAACUAGAACAACAUUCCGAGGAGGAAGACGUCUGGCUCCAAAUCGCGAAAAACGAGAAAAUACGGCUGCGCCUCGGGUGGCAUACGUUGCAGAACCGCACUUUUGGCACUCAGGAGGUCUCCAGUGAGGAUCGAGACAAGAAUGAAAAGGAAUUUUUCAACCAAGGACGGUGGAGCACAGUGGCAAGAGACUGUGUUGGAAUUGAUGGCUUGAGGCGUCGACUUAGCGGCAUUUUGUUGAAACACAUUCGUCGUAGCCUGCCAGAACUGAUCGCGGAAAUUGAGAAAAAGUUGCUUAAUCGACACACAAGGCUCACAAAAAUGGGUGCUCCUCGAUCGACCCUACAACAGCAGAAGGGAUAUCUGCUUGCCCUUAGCAGCAACUUCGAACGUAUCACUAAUCAGGCUCUGGAUGGAAUGUACAAAGAUGUUUUUUUUGGCGAGCUUGGUGACUUCAAUUUAUUUGCUACUGCGGAGACUCGCCGUCUUCGUGCUACCGUCCGUCAAUUGAAUGAAUAUUUUGCGGAAGUCAUGGAGGUAUAUGGUUGCAAAACAAGGAUUAUUGGGGUCAAUGAAGGCAACAUCGCUCUCUUCUCGUCCAAUCCUUACGCUCACAUCAGAACUCCGCCGACCAAAGCCCGACAAGACGUUGAGAAAGAGUUAGAUCGGCAAGCUCGUCAAAGUCGUGGACUUGAACUACCAGGAAGUGCCAAUCAGCUUUUGGUGGGCAGUCUGUUCCGAGACCAAUCACAACCUUGGGAAGAAAUUGCGCGAUUUCACUUUGUGAGGACGUGGGAGGCAGUGGAUAAUUUUGUCAAUAUGGUCUUACAACACCUCACCGACGAACAUACCUACCAGCAAUUGAUGGGCGCUAUCCUUGCUCCUGAACUUCAAAAGAUGAAGGAAAGCCUACUUACAAAGCUUGAUGAAUUAACGGCCUACAAUAAACGAGGACAUCCUCUUCCUCUUGGAAAACGCUUCCUCCAGCGAAUUCACAAGUCCCGAGCUGAUCGGCAGGGCAAAGCAUUGGAGAAGGCUCUGGGACAAAAGAUCCCAGUAAAUGAUGGAAGAUUUGCAUUGCCAGACAUCAAGGCAGCCAUGAGCAAGUUGGAGAACAAGACUGAGGACCAAUUCGCCGCCGCCGAGAUUAUUGACCAGAUGCAAGCAUACUACGAUACUGCGAUUAUAUCAUUCAUUGAUAAUAUCGCAAUAUUGGGGAUCGAGAACUGCCUUCUUUGCCCUUUGAGUGGCAUUUUUACAAGUCAGACAAUCAACAACAUGGAAGACAAGCAAGUUAAAGACUUGGCUGCGGAGGAAUCCUUCAUCACGGAGGAUCGUGAACGUCUGAUUCGGGAAAAGGAAAUGCUGCAAAACAGUUUAAAUGUUCUCGCUCAUUGCAAAAUACAAAGGAUGCCUACUAAUAAACCCUUGAUCGAUCAACCCGAACCUCCAAACUCUGCAGGGACUCCUGGACAGAACUUCACUGUCCAGCGUUCGAAAAAGUCCCCUGCAAGCCACCGGAGCAAUAUUUUUGCCCACGCCCACACCUCUAAUUCUACGGGUCGAUCUGGUGGAGGCCCUUUUGGGAAUGCAAACAACACAGAUGGGUCAACCACGAACCGAGCAGGAUUUUUCGGAUCACCGCUUAGGGCUCCCCCAGAUGGAAAUUCAACUUUGAACCCUGGUAUCAGUUUUUCGGGUGGGCAGCAAAACCCCCUGCCUACUGGAUCGCUCUUCAUGCGCUCCGGAGAAAGCGUUGACACCGGUUUGAGGGCUGUAGAUACGCAGAAUGGAGGGCUUUUUGGAGGAUAUACAAAUAUUUAG